AUGGCUUAUCGUGUGUACAAUCGCGUUUGUUUCAAUCGUUUAAUUGCAGUCAUCGACAAGCAGCUAUUAUAUCGUGGUCGAGAGACUAUUAAUAUGCAAUCAUCAAUGGGACUUUCAAUGAUUUCCGCUGAUCAAACGCGAAAAAUUGAUUCGAUAAGGGAACAGCUUCGUCAAAAUAUACAAAAAUAUUUUGCAUCUUUUACAACACGAAAAGGUGUCAUCGAUUUUCUUUCAUUGACACAUCCAGAUCGGAUAAGCAUUCAUGUCGAUAACAAUGAUUAUUUGAAUUUGUCAUUUGACCCAGAAUUAGUUAUUUCUGAUACCCAUAGUGUUACUCCAGAUAUGCACAAAAGAAUUCUUCAAAAUUCAACAAGUCAUAUGCAGACAGUUUCUGUCCGCCGGCAGGGGUCAGAUAAUAUUAUGUCAGGAGUAUUUUUGCAACAUGACUGUCUUCAACAUCAAUUGUCUGCCUUGUUAGCGAAACAAAUACUCGGGAAAGAGUGUGUGUAUUUAGCUCAAAGUGGAUAUGCCGCCAAUUAUGGUCUACUACAAUCAAUAGUUAUCCCGGCCACGACCCAUGUUUAUAUCGAUGCUGCUGCUCAUGAAUCGCUUUGGCAGGGUGCCAGUCGUGGUAUUAUUCACAAGAUCAAACAUAAUUCUCUCGAAGACCUUGAGCAACAUCUUCGCAAGUUUGGUAGUGGAAUCAUCGUUGUUGAUUCUCUUUACUCGGCAAAAGGCUCAAUUGCUGAUCUGGUGGAAUUAUGUAAUCUUAAGGAGUCGUAUGAUUGUAUGUUGGUGGUCGAUGAGUCUCAUUCAAUUGGACUGUAUGGGCCUCACGGUCGUGGUCUUGCGGCGUUGGCUAAUGUGACAAGUCGUAUUGACUUUAUUACAGGUAGUCUGGCUAAAGCAUACUGUGUUCGCGCAGGAUUUGUUGCCGGUCGAGCUCAAGAAGUGUUAUAUGUGAGGGAAAAUUCUUCAGCGUCAAUAUUUAGCAGUGCACUUAUGACUUGGGACUUGCAACGUCUUCAACGUGCUAUGACAAUCAUCUACAAUGCAGAUAAGAAGCGACAAAGACUGAUGGAGAUUGCAACAGUCGUACGUCAUGCGGCAGUAAGAUUAAACUUUGAUGUCGAACAACCACCGUUACCGAGUCCCAUUCUGUGUUUGAUUGGUGGACCGAAUCCAUUUUCGAAAAAACUUCAAAUCUAUUUUGAAGAUGUAGGAAUCUCAGGAGCCAUAUUCGUAGCACCUGCUACACCCGUCAAUCGAUCUCUCUUGAGAUUAACACUGCACGCUGGCUUGUCCGAUGGAGACGUCUCACAAAUAAUUAGUACGCUCGAAUCGAUUGCUAAAUAUCAUCGCGCUGAUCUUCCACACACAUUUUUAAAGCAUUAA